AUGGUUGCCAUGGGGGCGGCGGCGGCGGGGAGCGGGGCCCGGUGCCGGUGCGGCGGGAAGGGGCGAGCCCGGCUGGACCCCUGCGGGGGGCUCUGCCUCCUCCUCACGUACCUGAGCGUGGGCUACGCCGAUUACGUCAUCCUGGAGCACAUCCUGCUCCAGCCCGGCUUCCGGGACAGCUUCUGGUGUCCUUUCCAUGCGGCGGCCUUCAACCUCGUCGUUCUGAUGCUCCUGAUCUGCCACACCAGAGCUGUCUUUGGCGACCCAGGGGUGGUGCCGCUGCCCGACAUGGCCCUCGAUUUCUCCGAUCUCCGGAGCACCAGCAGCAACAACAGCCGUAAUAACGAGGACUGGACCGUUUGCAACCGGUGCGAAACCUACCGGCCACCCCGGGCUCAUCACUGCCGCAUUUGUCACCGCUGCGUCCGCCGGAUGGACCAUCACUGCCCUUGGAUCAACAACUGCGUGGGAGAACUCAACCAGAAAUACUUUAUCCAGUUCCUUUUCUACACAGGCUUGGCGAGUCUCUACGCCAUGGGCCUGGUGUUGGCCACCUGGGUGUGGCCCCUGGACAGGAUCUCGGCCAGCAGGGCCGAAGGCUAUGAAGGCGGCGUGGCCGGCAGCCCCAUCCAAAUUGCUCACCGGAUUAUCUUACUGGUGGAAUCCAUCCUCUUCGGCCUCUUCGUCACGGUUAUAUUUUACGACCAGGUGGUCUCCAUCAUCACCGACGAGACCCCCUUAGAGCAGCUGCGCAACCGGCUCCAGAAAGAGGGUCCCCGGGGAGGGACCCCCAGGCGCAAACCGAAGAUCGCCCUCCUGCGCGAGGUCUUCGGCCGAGGUUUUGUCAUCUGCUGGUUUUUCCCCUGCAACUUCACCUCGUCGCCUGCCAGCGGCCCGUCUUACAGCUAUCUGCCCAAUUACGACGUAUGAACAUCCUCUGGCCCGUCCUUCUCGCUUCUCUUUCUCUCUUGGAGGGGGGGGGGAACCGAGGCACGCCCCCUCCCCAAUUCAUCCGCUGCACUAAAAGAAGACCACCAGAUGAGGUGAUCCUAUGGAACGGCUCCUUCCAAGGCUGAAAGAGGGUUCGGCCGAUCGGAUGGCCUUCGAACCUUGCCCCCCUCCCACCUCUUCUUCCUGGCCCAUGGUGCGCCUCUCCGAACAGCGUCCGUGCUUAUUGGCCUGCCCUGCAGGGAGGUUUUUUGGGGUGGGGGUGGGGGGGAAACAGCUUGGACUGCGGAGCAGAAAUGGGACGUCCGUGACCCAUGAGAGAGAUUUUCCCUGGGGUGAAGCCGGCAAUCCGUCACUCUUAAUCUUGACCUUCUCUGACGAAGCCACCGGGCCCCAGACAGGAGUUCAACAGGUAGGGAAGGCCAGAAAUUUACACCCCUUUUCGGCUUGCCCCACCCACCCCGAUUGAAUCACAGCUGCUCCCCCUCCCCCUUUACGAACACAGCUCGGAAGCGUCGCUAAGCAAGGCACUCGUACGGUGAUUGGCAAAGAUUUGACGAGACCCCCUUUUUUUAAUUUUACUUUUUAAAGUUAAUCGCCGCGGUCUUUAAGCGAAUCACGCCGUCCUUAACCAAAUCCAGAUUCCCUUGUUGGAUUGAAUUGGCUGGGAUGCUCGCACACGACGGAUCCCGAGAUCCUUCGCCACCGUCAUAAAUGGGAGCGUCCAAAUUUGAUCCCGUGGCCCAGGAGAGCCCACUUUUAGUGCAAGGACCUGACCGUCGUAAGUCACUUUUCCCCCCCCCAGUCCCGUCGCAACUUUGGUCACUAAGUGAAUGGUUGAAGGGGAGCACCUGCUGUAUUUAAAUCGGGGUGUCGGGGUUCCAAAUAGUGUCCAAAAUUAAAUCAAGAAUCCGAGGCGAAGGAAGGCAUUGAUCUGCCACUCUAGCAUCUGUGGGAGGUUACAACUCUAUGCCCCUCUCUUCCCGUAAUAGCCAGCUCAGUCCCCCCAAAAAUAAGGACAACGCCUUCCCAAAAGGUGGCUCAGUGGCUAAGACGCUGAGCUUGUCGAUCAGAAA